AUGACCAAAGGGGAGGCCGCCCUCUGCCUAAGUUCGACUGCUUUGUUUUUUCAGGCGGUGGAUAUUCACGUGAUAGCGAUUGAAGACAACUCAGUGGCUUCGAGUGUCGAGCAGUGGAAUGAUUUGACUGAGGAGCUGCUGUUGACUUUGGAUACACAUCUGACCAACAGUGAACUCAGGGGACGGCUACCAUCUUAUGUCGAUUUUAAUUCAACCAGAGUUAGACACCGCUCUUCACCAUUGUACGUCCAAUUGGCCGCCUAUGUUGACUUCUCUUCGCAAGGCCCGACACACCCUGUGUCGCCCACAGCUCCGGCCAACAGCUUCAGUAGUGACCGCUCGCUGUCCGUCUUGCUCUUUCUUCUAUCCUACUUCUUCGUACCAGCAGCCACCUUGAUUCAACUGAUUAUGGCAGGAGCGUGCAACUCUCGAGGACAGUCAGCACCGUGGUGAUGUAGGCCAUGACUCGAGCACCACACAUACACGAUGUAGAUUUAUGUAUAUCAGUGACUUUAUUGCUAUCUCACUGUAUGUGAUUAACAUGAGCAGUCAAACAAUGUCGUAACUUUAAUGGUCAUACAUGCACUAGUGAAUGUUACCCUCCGAGAAUGUUCUAUUUACUAAUCCAGGUAGAUCUAAUGACUACUAAUUGCCAGCAAAUUUAUAUUAGGUGUCCUGGUAACAUUUUUCUUAACGAAUGUUCUAACUUGACAACGUCAAGAAUUAUCAUAGAGAAUAACAUGUUUAUAGGCUGUCUUUGAGGCAAUUAUAAAACUAACGCAAAACAUAACAUUGUGUUUCCAAUAAUCGUGCACAAUAAAGACUAAAAUUAAUAAUGA